ACAUAUUGACAGUAAAGAGAUCAACCAAAUAUCAAAACAAAACAAACUGUGUUCAUACAUGUGGUUAACUUAGUUGGUAGUUAUUGGGUGCAUGAAUUUAAUUGCUAUCUUAUGAGUUCACGGUACGCAUCCUAUGAUUAUAAUUCUCCUUCUGCCGAGAAAUGUCGCGUGUGUACCGACUUUAAAAAUUGGACUAAACAACAAACAAUUUCCGAAAACCGGAAAAAAAGAAAAGAGGAUACAUCAAAAGUAGUAGAGAAGUCUAAAGAAUGUCCUCUAGAUCGAGAAGAACUUGGACAGUGCACAUGGUCAUUUUUGCAUACUAUGGCAGCAUAUUUUCCAGAAAAGCCAUCAGUUGAUGAACAAAAAGAUAUGAAAAGUUUCAUUGGUCUUUUUUCAAAAUUUUAUCCAUGUAAAGAAUGUGCUGAAGAUUUUCGAGAAGACAUUUCAAAGAAUCCUCCUGCAACAAGUAGUCGAAAUGAGCUUUCUCAAUGGUUAUGCAACAUGCAUAACAAUGUCAACAAAAAAUUAGGGAAACCAUUAUUUGAUUGUUCCACUGUUGAUGAAAGGUGGCUUCAUGGUUGGAAAGAUGGUUCAUGUAAUUAAAAUAAUUUAUUCAUUUUGAUAGUUAAGGAUGCUUUUUUUUACAUACAAAUGUAUAUAAUAGGACCAAAUAAAUUAUAUUCUGCUUAAAAAAUA